AUGCCGCGCAUCCAAAGAUCUCUCAAAUUGUUUAUCGCGACCGUCGUACUCGCCUCAAUCCUCUACUUUGUGUCGGGCGUUAAGAUUCGAAAUUAUAUUUUCAUCGAUGGGCGAGCUUGCUGGGGAGAAGGAUAUGGUGGCUGUCCUGAAGGAUGGACUUGCGCCGGGCCCGGCGAUGCUACUAAGAUCGGCGUGUGGGUACAUUUGCGCUUCUCGCUCGAAAACAGAGAAAUAACGACUUGA